AUGGUACUAUCAAAUGAUGGGACAUUUGAACUGACUUUAGUUGAUCCUUUUAGACAAUGUAAAGGAAAACCUUUAGAGUAUAAACACAUAAUGACACCUGAAGGGAUCUGUGUAAUAGGGGAAGUGGAUCAACACUUCAUUUUGAAUGUAGAAUGCAAAGACAAGGGAGUUUAUGGGAUUAGAGUGAUAGUAGAUGGAUAUACAUUACCAGGAAAGAAGACUUUUAAAAGUAAGUGUAAAGUUUAAGGGUUUACGAAUUCUGAUGGGAAUAUAAAUUGCUUCAAAUUUUAAAGACCAAAGACAGACCCUGAAUCUACAAAUAUAUAUAAGAGGAAUGUAUAUAGACCACCAUGGGAUUUAAAUUAGAAUGAUUAUCGUGAUUAUCCUGGAGGUGCAGGUGAGAUAAUAGUAAAGAUAUAUGAAACCNCUUCAUUCAAAUUCAUUAAACUACUUAAAUUUUCAGCUGCCCAUUACUCUUCUCUCGUACAUGAACAUUAUAAUGAAAAUCUAAGAUAACUAUUUAAUUGUCUAUCAAUUCUAUAAUACAUUAAUUGA